CAGUGCUCCGACUACGGGGCCGGGCCCACCGAACCCUGAUGGAAGGCUUCUAGUUUUUCCUUGGUGCCGCGGCGCGCCCUGUUUUCCCCUUUCAACACUGUAAGGCCCCUCUUCAGCGCUGUCUUGCCGUGGCUUGCCCCCUGUAGCGCGGCCAUUUUAUUUCCCUGUGGUUCCCUGUGGCGGCGGGGCCACAGCAUCUGUCAGUGGCUGCAGGGCUCCGCUUCCAGGCUGCCGAAUGCGCUCUCCAGGCUGUUUUUGGUGGGGCGAUAGCGGCUUCCGUGGGCAAGAAACGCUUGCAAGCGGAAAAAAUCUAGAGAAAAAAAAAGUUUAACGGUUUUACUCCGCGUGACUGGGAAAGAAAAAAAAAGGGCGCAAAAGUUGGGGUAGGCCCCGAGUAAUGGAACUGUACGAAGUAGUUCUAAAUCUACCCUUGUGUCUGUUUACUUUUCUCCUCCUUUCAUCCUCCACACUCUUCUUCUUCUUCUCUCCAUUGUUCUUUCGUGGAGAUACAUACAGCCCCAACAACUUGAUUGUUUUCUUUUUGGUUACAGGCUGGUACGUCAUUGAUAUCAUCACCAUCUACAUCAUCUUCAUCAUUCAUUGACACUCCUGAGUUAGCCAAUUGAACCAUAUCUUCGACAUCAAUUCAUCCUCUUCAACCAGACUACCCCAACCCGGAUACAGAACACGCGACAUACUCCCUCCCAACCCUUACACACAUAUACACACAUAUACAACACAGAUACAUACACAAACGUCAUCAUGACUGCUAGUCAUCGCACAUCCGUGUCCAGCACGGCACCAAAGGACGAAACCGCCCCUUCUGCCGGUCUCUUUGCCGACAACAACAAGCCCGCCGUCAAAGACUUUGCCAAUGGCGGCAGCAAGGGCGCCAGCGGUGCCGCUGACAUCGAGACAGCCACCGUCAGCAACAUGGACGCGGCCCAGCUCGAGCAAAUCGCCACAGCGUCCCAGCAGCACUUCCACCGUCUUGGCUGGAAGCGUCUUGCCGUCGUCACCAUUGUCGAGGCCAUUGCCCUCGGUGCCCUGUCACUCCCCAAGUCCUUUGCCACGCUCGGCAUGGUCCCCGGUGUCCUGCUGACCGUCGGCCUCGGCUUCGUCGCCAUCUUCACCUCCUACAUUGUUGGUCGCGUCAAGCUGGCCUUUCCCCAGACCGCCAACUACGCUGAUGCUGGCCGUCUUCUCUUUGGCCGCAUUGGCUACGAGAUCUUUGGUGCCGCGCUUGUGCUGGAGCUUGUCAUGGUCGUUGGUUCGCACGCCCUGACUGGCGCCAUUGCCAUUGGCACCCUCGCCGACGGCAAGAUUUGCUCCGUCAUCUUUUCCGCCAUCUCCGCCAUUGUCCUGCUGCUGCUCGCCAUCCCGCCGUCCUUCUCUGAGGUUGCCAUCCUCGGUUACAUUGACUUUGUCUCCAUUGUCGCUGCUGUUGGUAUCACCAUCAUUGCCACUGGACACCAGGCUGCUGUCUCUGAUGGUGGUCUGCAGGCUGUCAAGUGGUCUGCCUGGCCCAAGGAGAACCUCAAGUUCUCCGAGGCCUUUGUCGCCGUCAGCAACAUCAUCUUUGCCUUUUCCUUCGCCAUUGGCCAGUUCUCCUUCAUGGACGAAAUGCACACCCCUACCGACUUCAUGAAGUCCAUCUGGGCCUCGGGCAUUAUCCAAAUCUUCAUCUACACCUUGACUGGUGCCCUCUGCUAUGCCUUUAUUGGUGUCGAUGUUAAGUCGCCUGCUCUGUUGUCUGCUGGCCCUACCAUUGCCAAGGUGGCCUUUGGUGUCGCUCUGCCCGUCAUCUUCAUCUCUGGUUCUAUCAACUCUACCGUCGCUCUGCGCUACCUGCACGCCCGUAUCUGGAAGAACUCGGUCGUCAAGUACAUCAAGACCCCUGGCGGCUGGACUGUCUGGCUUGUCGAGGUCGUCAUCUUCACCGUCAUUGCGUGGGUUAUUGCCGAGGCCAUCCCCGUCUUCAACGACCUGCUCUCUCUCGCCUCUGCCCUCUUCGUGUCGGGCUUCUCUUUCUGGAUUCCUGCCAUUAUGUGGUUCCGCCUGCUCUGCGAAGGCAACCCCUUCUCUCGCAAGAAUCUCUUUAUCUCUCUCGGCUGCAUCCUGGCCUUUAUCAUUGGUGUCGUCACCCUUGUCGCUGGCACCUAUGCCACUAUUGAAGAUAUUAUUCACAACAGCACCCACUCGCCUUUCAAGUGCAGAGAUAUUGCUCAAUAA